GGAAUGCACGCAUAACGGUCCGAGGAACUACGAGGAGGAAGAACACUUUGACAACAAACAAAGGAUCCUUGUUUAACAUAAUUUGGAAAUUCAGGCCCACGUUUUCUAACUUUUUGAGCUGAGCACUCGUCUGAAUACCAUGGCCAACACUGGAUUACAGCUCCUCGGUUUCUUCAUCUCACUGGUCGGAGUCGCUACCACUGUUGCCGCUACUUUCAUGGUGGAGUGGAAGAAGCAAGCUCAGGGCAAGACGCACCGCAUCUAUGAGGGCUUGUGGAUGAGCUGCAGUGGCAAUGAGCGAACAACCUGUGAAAUCCACGAGUCCCUGCUGAAGCUGCCAACUGAGGUCCAGGCCACCAGAGCGGUGAUGCUGUUCAGCCUCUUCCUCUCUGCUGUGGCGCUGAUGGUCUCCACAGUGGGGAUGAAGUGCACCCGCUUCAUGGAUGGCAUGCCCGAGAACAAAGCCACGACGGCUAUGAUCGGAGGAGUCAUGUUCAUGAUUUCAGGUUUAUUGACAAUCAUCAUCACCUCCUGGUAUGUCAAAAUGAUUGUUGACACCUUCCAUGAAACACAUCGUCUACACAGUUAUGAGUUUGGUAAAGCAGUGUUUGUCAGCUGGGCCGGUGGACUCCUCACUAUGGCCGGUGGCACCUUUCUGAGCUGCAGGAGAUGCUGCAAGUCUAAAUCCCCGGAGUCCAUGAGCUCCAAUCUCCUCGCUACCACCAACCCCAAGUCCAACUACGUAUAGUGGAGGAGCCAGGACGAUCUCCAGGUUUAGAGUGUCACAAGAAUAUAUUCAUCCAGUAAUAAGAUUAGACACAGGAUCUGAAUUCAUCAUGUGUUUAUAAGGUGCAGUGGACACAGAUGGAGCAGUAGCUCCUUCUGCUGUCACCUGAAAAAAUGUGAAACAGUAAGUGUUUCAAUGGAUUACCAGCAAUUACAAUUGAGCUGUACUGUUAAAAGUUUGCUUGCUGUACUGAUUUACAGUGCAGACAUAUUGUAUAACACUUUUAAUAAAUGAUUCCCUUUACAUACUGGUGUUAACUGGCGUUGUUUGUAUAUGUUUGUUAAUUACUGUAUAUGUGUAAAUUUUAUAUUUUUCAUCUUGUGUUUUUAUUGUAUUUUGUCAGUUGGAAAGAUAAUUGUAUGUAUAUUUCAAAAAUAAAAAUAAAACAGUCCACUUUU